GGGGCUUGCCGCAAACUUCAACAACUCCUUGAUCAUGACCUCCGACGACCUUAUUCACGAUGGCAGACAGCAUGGACACUUACGGGUUGACGAUGAGCAGAUGUGGCUGAGAUGCCGGGAGAGAAAAGUAGUUGCCUUGAAGGGUUCUCAUCGGCAAGUCAUGACUUUCACACAAAUGACCCUUCCUGCAGACUUAUGGAGUCCCCACCUUAUCAUGAGCACGGCUAUGGCCCUCCUUCAAACACACCGCCUAUGGUCUCACUAGCGGAGGGGGACAUCAAUUGGGAGCAAUCUCUCUGCUACCCUACACCAAAUUCUUCUGUCGAUGAAGACCAGCGCUCCCAUCCUAGCACAGAGUCAUCUGAAGGCGCCCAUGAACAUAGUCUUGACAAAACCACGACGUCGGCCACUUUUUAUCCCGGUGCAAAUACAUACUAUAUCCCCUCAGAUUUGGUAUGCUUGUCUUCAGACAUGGUUGCCUUUUACGUGCAUUCGGAAUUGCUACUGGCGACCUCCGAUAAUCAUUUUCACUCCCUUGUGGUCGGGAAAGAUUUACGUGGAACUCGUCGAACAGUUAUCCACGUUCCCGAACAAUCCGCAAUCCUGAAUAUCGUCCUACACGCCGUUUACGGGCUGUCGGCUACGCGUUAUGCCCCGACAUUCGAUGAGCUCUCUCGUGCUGUUGAUCGGCUCGAGGCUUACGGUGUUCACCCCAGCACUGAAAUCACGGCGGCGUCUGCUUUGCAUUCCACUCUCCUUUCUCACGCUCAUGUUGAUCCGAUGAAGGUUUAUCUUCUAGCUGCAAAACAUGAUAUCUUUGACUUGGCUGUGUCCACCUCGUCGCAUCUCCUUUCUUUUCCACUCAAUAAAAUCACGGAGGAUAUUGCAAUCAAAAUGGGCCCGAAAUACAUGACACGACUUUUUUCACUCCAUCGCGGCCGCCUGGUUUCGUUGAAACGACUCUUGUCGUUGUUGCCGCACCUACACCCUCCUUCUCCCAAGUGCAAUCUGAAAAUGCAAAAUACAAUGGCUAGAGCUUGGAAACUUGCAUCGGCCUAUCUACUUUGGCAAGAUCGUCCUGAUCUGUCUUCGAAUUAUAUCGACGCUGUAUUUCGCACUUUACCGGAGCAUGUUUCUUGCGAGCUAUGCAAGUGGGCCUUUCAGUGCCAUAUCCAAACAGUGACAGCUGGUUGGCGAAAGGUCCAGUCUACAAUAUGAAUGCACUCUUGUCUCUAUGGUUUGGCUUCUUGCUUCGAAUGUGCCUUGCACACGAUUUCGAUGAUUGACUUAUUGUAUUUGAUAUGUUAAAGACGGUGGAACUUAGACCCAUGACUCAAACGUGAAACAUUGGAAGCAAACAUGGACUUCAUUGUGGCUUAUCUGGUAUCUUUUCUCGAAAACCCGGUGCAUGUACUAGUAUACUUGAACUCAGCAGACCUGGCUGAAAUAAAAGAAGCACUUUAUGUCAUCUGACGUCUUUGGAAUCCGACUACUGCGAUUUGCAUAGGUCUA